AUGGCGAACCUCCCACUUCCAAAUGUCCAGUCUUUGGUCGACUGCACUUCUUUUCAGCAAACCGUGCUCCCCUACCUCGCGCAGCUGCAAUGGCUCCCCGCUAGCUUGCGCGAAGCGGGCUGGGAACUGGAGAACCUCAAGGCUGUUUAUCUGGCUACCAACCCCUUAGUCUCUGCGCUUGCAUUUGGCUCGGUUAUCGCAGGCCUUUGCUUCGUCUUUGCAGAGAUCAACCGAAACUUUUCCCAGAUCGACCGCUUGUGGUCUAUCUUGCCUGCGCUAUACAAUGUCCACUUCGCCGUUUGGGCGCGCUUAGCUGGAAUUCGUACACAGACUCUGGAUAGCAUCGCUAUGAUCGCGGUUCUGUGGAGUGCUCGUUUGACCUUCAACUACUGGCGCCGAGGGGGCUACUCGGUCGGAUCGGAAGAUUACCGUUGGAAGAUUGUGCGCUCUAAGGUUAACAACACAUUUCUGUUCACUAUCUUCGAUUUCACCUUCAUCGCGUGCAUUCAGUCCUUAAUUCUUCUGCUCCUCGCUGCACCUUCAUACGUCUUCGUGAUCGCAGCGAACAGCCAGGGCCCCGAGGUUUUCGAGCUGACCGACUUGGCCUUCUCUCGUGCGGCUUUCUUCUUCAUUAUUAUCGAAUUCUUCGCCGACCAGCAACAGUACAAUUUCCAAACUGCCAAGCAUGAAUAUCAGACAAAUGCGCGCAUCCCUGAGCGCUUCAAGGAGCAAUUCACACCGGAGGACUUGGAGCGCGGCUUCGUGGUUAGCGGACUCUGGUCGUGGUCUCGCCACCCCAACUUUGUUGCGGAGCAAGCUAUCUGGUUGAUCAUGUACACUUGGAGCGCAUACCGUACCGGAAACUACCUCCAGUGGACUGGUCUCGGUGUCGCAGGAUUGCUCGCAAUCUUCCAGGGUAGCACGCGCCUGACCGAGUCUAUAACUGCCGCCAAGUACCCCGAGUACAGUGAGUACCAGGCUCGCGUUGGUCGGUUCUUCCCUCGGUUCUCCGCUGAGGCCCCGAAGACCAAGAGCAAGAGCAAGAAGAAGGCUGCUCGGAUCGAUGACGCGGAGCCUGUUGUGGAGAUUGUCGAGGGAAAGAAGAACAAAUAG